AUGCUGCCUAAAAUUGACGUGUCGUUGUUAACAGCAAAGUGGGACAAUAUGGUUAAUUCUCUAUACGAGUUGUUUGAAGAAUUUCAAGUACUUUCCAGUGUUGAAGCAGAAGUUUCAACAUUAGAUAAUGUGUACAAACAAAUCGAAACGAAAUAUAGGCUCAUGAAACAACAACAAGAAGUAAUUAUUGAUAAAAUAUUAGAAGGUAAAGUUAGCGAUUCCGAAGAAGCGGAAAAGAUUCUCGAAUGUAAUAAGAAAAUUGGUACUCAAGUAAAGACUCACUAUUUAAAUUGUACUAAAAGUUUCGCUGAAUAUCAAAAGAAGUGCUCUUUAAAUAAAUCAUCAGAACAUAAGUCAGACAGUAUUGAGGCUAUGACAUUUGCCGUGACUAAAAUGGCAGAGGCACUUACUUCAACAAAAACCGAUAAGACAAGUUCAUUAGAAAAACUCUCAGACCCGGUAUGGGACGGCAAACGAAAAUUGUAUUUGACAUGGAAACAUGAAUUUAAAUAUUGGAUGGAAAAAUGUAAACAAGAUAAAGAAGAACAAUUACAGAGCUUUCGCAAAGCUUUACCAAAAUACUCUUUUUGGGCUGACCAAGUAAAAUACUGCAAAUCGGUAGAAAAAGCAUUUGAAAUAUUAGAUAAAGAAUUUGCAGAUAAAAGAAAACUUAUGGAUGAUUUAUUAAAUGAAAUUACCUUUCACAAACCAGUAAAAAGCGACUCAGCGUCAUUUUCACGUUAUGCAACUCAAAUUAUGGGCUUUGCAAAUGACAUGGAAGAAAACGGGUGCUCGGUAGCAGAUUCAAACGAAUCUCCAUUUAUUAUGUCACAAUUACUGUCUAAAUUGGAGUAA